UUAUCCUUUCAUCCACCAAUUGCAGACCAACUUAUUGGAAAGAGAGAAUCAUCCAUAACUUUUCUCUGCCACUUCCCACCCAACUACUGAACCACCGAAUACAAGAACACAGAGAGUGUCCACAAAUGAAAUAUCAAUAACCAUACACAAAAUAAAUAAGCCAAUAUUGUUUUCCCUCAUGGGGAACCCAAAGUUUCAAACUUGGGAUAUAUAAAUAAACCAGAAAUUGCUCUUGAGAGCUCCAUGGAUGAUUAUUAACCGGAAGAAUUUCUUGGGCCCAAGUCCAAAUUUUUAAACCACUGAUAUAUGGUGGGAGAGAAAAAGAAAGAAAGCGCAGAUGAAGAUACCAGAUUGGCCAAGUUAGUGUCAUUGCAGAAGUUUAAAUUUUAGGAAUUGGACUUAACUUGGUCUUGAACUGAAUUCAUGCUUAGUUAAAGGGCUCCAAUAAUCUGUGUUUUGAUUCUCCAAGGGGCUGAAAUCCAGUUUCAUUUGUGGUCCUUACUCCCUAGUUUCAACAUGGGAAAUGGGAGGAAACUCAAGAAUCAGUGGGAGUUUAAGAAAAGAGAGAAUGAAUUUGACUCUCCUUGUAAUGAGUAUAAUUCAAGUCAAAGUCAAGAGCCAACACCAAAGAAGAUUAAACUGGUUUCGAGUUUGAUUUCGCAUAAAAAGGAUGAAUCAAUCAGAAAAGGUAGAGUCCAGCAGGAUGGUGGGAUUGGUCUUUGUAUUGGGAUUCAGCCAAAAUUGGAGGGGGAAAAGAAAGGACAUACUGAAAGGAGUAAAAAGGAUAGUUCUUUAACUAGUAAUGACAGUGGAGAAAAGAGUACUGAAACUACUGCUGAUGAGCUUUUUGCUUUAGAUGAUCUCAAGCUCUUAAUGGAGUCCUUAUUGGAGGAUCUUAAGGUGACAAGAGAAAAUUUGUUUACAUGGAUGAAAGAGGAAAUGCAAAAAUUGUUGGCACAUGAAGAAAUCUCUGAGGAGAAAAUUGGUUUACAUAAUGAAAACAGCUUUCAGGAGAACAUCCAGGUUUGUCCCAAAAAGAGUGUCAAAGAAACUAUCUUAGUUCAAGGUGAAAACAACUUAAAGGAGAAUUUUCACUUGAACCAUCAUAACAAGUUUCCAGGUACAAAAUUGCAGCAUCAGAGCAAUCUCAGAGAAAACAUACUGGCGAAGGAUAAAAGCUACUUCAAACCUCGCCUGAGAGAUGAAAACAGCAAUAACAGGUCUUCAGAGAGGUCCAUUGAAAGUGAGGGGGAAUCAAGUUUUGAUAAUUGUUAUGAAACACUUGAAGAUUUAGACGAUUAUGCUGAGUCCUCCAGACACAGAAUAUCAUCAACAGACAAGGGUAGAAAAGAAAGCUUGACCUUGCAUGUUAAGUCCGAUAUUCAAUCUUGUCAUGCCAACUAUAGUGACCAAAUUACAACAUAUGAAAAUUGCAAUGGGGGAGCUUUAGAGAGCUACGUGGAAGAAAAAAAGUUGCAUGAUCAGAAUUCCCACCAAGCACUGGAAUUUCAAGUUGAUUAUGAUUUUGAAAUGGAAUCCAUAACAGCACCUCCAAAGAAAAAAGGACAUUUUGGGUUAUUAUCUGUUGAGUCUAGUACCACAUCCCAUCUUUCCAAUCAAGCAGCUUGUUCAAUGUCUUCAAUGGUACCAUCUGUGCAGCCAUGUUUAAAUAGCCAUAGACUUGAAAUUUCUUCUUGCAGUUAUGUUCAGCCAAUAGAUACUGGCAACAGAAAUGGCCAGAGUUUGGAAGGAGCAAAUCAUGAAGGAAAGGCUUCAAGCCUGCUACAUGAAGAAAGAAACAGAAGUUUUACUAGACUAAAUACUGGGAAUGUGGGUUCAUUUAUUCAAGGAAGUGUAUCUAAUGCAAUCAUUGGAACUGGGUUGACUGAUUCCCAAUGUCCGGGUAUAGUUACUGGUUUAAGCCUGCCAAGAAACCGGUUCAGUUUUGAAAAUCAAAUCCGCGAAAAAACCAACAUAUCAGGUUUGAAGUUGGAUGGAGGAGCCUUGAGCUUUUCUGGUGGAAGAAGCUAUCCUGUAUCAGAACACUAUGCUGCCAACAAGUUUGGCAGCCAUUCAAAUAAUAAACCUGAGAGUAGGCUUCACUCAUUUUCAAAUCUCAGGUCUCAGUGACAUUGAACACAGAACAGCAACAACAACCCAUGACACUCUUGUCAAUUUUCUUUUACUGUUGUUCAACCUCACCAAACUAUGAAUUUGGGCUUCAUUUUCAGGAACAGUCACUAGUUAUGCUUUGGCAUACUCUCUCUCUCUCUCUCUCUUUCAUUCACACAUUUGAAAAAGAAGAACAAGUAAAGGAAUAUGCACCAAAUCUGAAUUGAGAGACUGUUGUUUGAUCACACUUUCUCCAAUAUUGGAAAAUUCUUUUGACCAAUGGGGAGGAGAUGCUUAAGCCUUGUUAGUUGUUAAUGCUAACACAAUAAAAUAAGCUUUACUUUUGGGAAUUUUAUUCCUACUUUUGGAUUUGCCUUUUCUCUUCAAAUUAGUAUAUGGGAAUUGAAUGGUAUCUGUUCUUUGAAACUUA